GUUGGGUUAUCAGCUUCCAGUUGAAACAUCAGUCAAAUAUUUGAUAUCUUCUAAAUUGCUCUUGCCGCCCUCUUGUCAGUCGAGGUCUGACCGAGGGAAUUCUUGUCCUAAAUUCAUUUCAUUUCCAAUUUCGCAAACACAACAUCUAUUCUUACAACGAAGAUUGUCUAGGUUUACACUCAGAGCUUCAAGGCAGAAAAUCCCUACCUUUUUCAACAACUGACCCUUCCACGUUUGACCACUUCCUUCGGUUCUGUGACCACUUAUUCUUGAUAUCAAAAGGGCCGAACGUACCCUUCAACACUUCAGUUAAUUCAGACAGCACACAGCCUCAGAACCCUCCACCAUAAGACUAUCAAUAAAUUCCAUCACGAAUGGAUUGUUCCAAGCCCACGAAGUCCCAGCCUUGGAAGAGGACCUGGCCACCUCAGACCCAGGAUGCGGCCACCAGAGGAGCGACAGCUGGAGUAGACUACGGGGCUAAAAGAGGCGAGGUCGUGGUAGUUGACGGAACUAGCGCCAACCUCAAGCCUCUUCAUGGUCCUGUCUCCGAUAAGAAAUGAGGUCAGAGAGCUUCAACUUUGUCGGUUCUCCUCGGCCAUCAUGCUUUAUCAAAGGAAGAAUAAAGGAGACUUGAGAAGUCUUAUCUUUUAUGGUUCAUGUGGCUUUUAGUGUAGGACCCCCCGUCUCGACCCGCAAGACGAAGUUGUCUGGUAGUCGGUGGGAAAUCAACAUGAAGUCUGUCUAUGUUGGAUUCGAGGCAGUUGGCAGAAAGGCUGAAUAUGAAAGACGGCC